UCAUUGAUGACCCUAGAUAACUACAUUGGUCAUCAAACAACUAAAGGACAUUUUUAUAUCAAAUUAUUACUUUUAAAAAAAAAUUAUUUAAAUAUAAUAAAUACGGAAGGCAAUUAAGUCUCGUUUUUCAUUUGGUUGGUAAGAAUGACGAAUUUUAUAGAAAUUUCUAUGACCGAAUUUAAUGAUACACAUAAUAUGACAUUAUCAUCUGAGACUGUGAACAAUGAACUUUUCUACGAGCGACAUCAGUUUAUCAUAACAGAACCUUGGCUAGCUAUACCGUGUAUAAUCAUAUUGCUAAUUGCUAGUGUUGCUGGAACAUUUGGGAAUAUGUUGACCUUGGUGGUUAUUGCAACAAAAUCCAGACAAAGGAAUGCAGAGUCAAUUUUUAUUGCUAAUUUGGCAAUAUCUGAUCUGUAUGUUACAAUACUUGCACAGCCAAUGAGCAUUGUAGCCAAAGUUGAAGGCGAGGAGUUUUUCGAAAGCGUUCCGAAACUAUGUCAAGCCAUUGCAAGCAUGUGUACCAUUUCCUGUGUGACGUCACUGAUGACGAUAGGCCUGAUGAGCCUUAAUCGUUACAUCUACAUAUGUGUAAAUAAACAUUACGAACACAUAUUCACGAAAAAGAAAUGCAUAUUAAUGUGUAUGUCUGUCUAUUUUGUUGGCAUCCUUUUGGUUUCGCUGAAUGGCGCUGAAAUAGGUGAUCAUGGCUACGACCGUAAGAGCAUUGAGUGUAUUUGGGACCGUAUGGCGACAUAUCCUUACACAAUCGUGUUUUCAAUAGCACUUGUGUGGAUCCCAUCGUUUAUCAUCGGAUGCUGCUAUUUUAAGAUAUUUCUUUACGUCACAUCUCAUAACAAGCGCAUGCGCGAGCAGCAGAUUUUAGGUGAAAGAAAGAAUAAUUUGAAAAGCUUCCGAUUAGCCAAGACCCUCUUCAUUAUUUACGCUGUUUUCUUCACCUGUUGGGCACCGUAUGCUCUUCUUAUCGUCUUAGACUCAAACGACGACUUCCCUUACGAAUCUCAUCUGAUAAUUACUCUUUUUGCACAUCUCCAUCCAUCAAUUAACUGGAUAAUUUACUAUUUCACAAACAAAAGGUUUGCAACUUCAUAUAUGGAGGUGUUACUUCGAGUCAAACUAUGUAUUCUCUGCAAAGGCAAAUACGUUACCGACGGUCAAUAUAGAAGUAAAGAGAUUAUAACUGAUGGUUCUUCCGAUAGGAUCAAAAAUGUAAUUAAAUCACAAAACAACACCGACACCAAAGAUUCUGGUUUUGCUACGAGCAGCGUUAACACAGUUAUCACGUGACUCAUUUAGAAGUAAAAUAGAAUAGAUACAUGAUUACAUUUUGAAACUACAUAAUAGUAGUAAAAACAAAGUUUGUUCCCUGGUUUGAGUUUCAGUGAUUCAACUACAACAAAAGUGCUAGUGAGAAAAUGACCGUGACACCAAUCCUGAUAAUGUGUAAUGAUUAUUCUUAGUUACUCCCCUUUGAUAAAUGAUCGUCAUUAAUAUCGUCAUUAAUACAUCUAAAUAGUUUAUUGCUACUUGCUACCAGCUUCCUUUGAAAUUAUUUCAUUCGAAAUGGAAUAGCAGUUAGUCAAACAUCCUCGGUAACCCAGGCUAUUUACCGUAUGUAGUGUAUACGGACUGUUUACCGUGGGUAGAAAUAUAUAUUGUUUACUGACGGAUCAGAUAUAGAAUAUUAUAGUUUAGUUUUUAUAAAGCUAGGUAUUUGUAAUGUUAAUUUUAAAUAUACAUGUAUAUCUAAUUCAUAGUUCAUUUUUUACCAAUCAUAGUGGCAAGUAUCUGAUAUUUCGCAAGGCAUUAAACAUAUAAAAAGUAGAAGACUUUGUGGUACAUUGACUAUAAUUCUGAUAUAAUUUUUAAGUCACAAAAUAAAUUUCGUUUAAACUUGUUUGAACGAUUCAUACAUUUAAAUGAGAUCAUAAUUACACAAUAAUCAGGAUUUAACGUAUUUCGAAUUAUAAAGAAAAAUAUCUUCUAUGAUAAGGGGAGUUAACAAAUCAGCAAUAUAGCCUGCUUGUAUAUAGUUGUAUUGGAUUAGUCUCCCUUAGUUUCCUUACAAAGUCUAAUGUGCAUU